UCAAGAUCAUGGAAAAAAACUGUCAAAGGCCAACUAGGAUCAAUAAAAAAUAAUCAUUUAAAUAGGUUAUUUUCUAUGAUUUAAAUCAAAUUUAAAUCCUUUGAUCCAUUAUUUAUUGAUUAUUAAUUUGUAUAUAAUUUUCUACGGGAUGAUUGCAGUGUUUAAAAAAGGACCUUAUGUGAUCUAGGAAAACGCUGAAAAGAAAAUAAAAACAGGUAUUUUAAAAAACAUGGAUACAAACGAAUAUUACCAACAGCUCCUAGGUAUAAAUCAGAUGUUGGAAGUUUUAUCUGAUGGGCCUGAAAAAGAUGAGCUUCUUGGUCUAAAACAAAACAUUGAAGAAUUACUUUCCCUGACAAACGAUAGUACUGGACCUAAAGAUACAAAUACCAAUGAAAUUGAUGAUGAAUACGCUCUUUUUAUGUCAGAAAUGGAAAAGGAAGGAGCCGUAAAUAUAACAGAUAAUGAUUCAAAUAAUGGCAGCAAAAAUUCAAUUCAAACUCAAUCUUAUAAAGAGCUCGAAGGCAAGAAAUUCAGGGCACCGCAUAAGCACCAGUGGGGCCAAAUAGUGUACCAUAAUGCAAUGGUUUGUUCAGUACCUAAUGAAAUCCCAUUAAAUAAUGAAUUUGAGGUUCGUGUGUUAUUUUUAAACCCUACCCACAAAGAAAUGUUACCCUGCCCAUAUUAUUUCGAUCUGGAACGGGACUGUAAUUUCUCUGAGGAACAAUGUCAUUUUUCACAUGGAGAAUUAGUACCAUUUUCGAGCUUGGAGGAUUAUAUCGAACCUAAAUUUGAGCUCUUGGUUGUUGGUAGCGCUGUUCUAGCAAAACAAUCUAAUAAUUUAUGGUAUAGAGCAAAAAUUAAACAUAUUUCAAAAGAUACCUGUACAGUUAAAUUUGACUCGAAAAAUUGUGAUAACAAAGAUUAUGAAGAAAUAGUAUUUGAAAAUAUACUGCCUUUAGUGAAUUCAGAAGAUUAUAGUGGAGAUGAUAGUGAUAACAGUGAUAUUGAGGGUGAUAUUCCUGAUAGUGAUAAUAGUCAAUUGGCAAAAGAAAGAGAAGAUAUAAUUAAUAUGAGUUUGAUGAACACUCCAGAUACUCAAGCUCUUGGACAGUGGGAGAAAUACACCAAGGGAAUUGGUUCAAAACUGAUGGAGAAAAUGGGGUACAUUGUAGGUGCAGGGCUGGGUAAAGAUGGUAGUGGUAUAGUGAAGCCAGUAACAGCCCUAAUCUUACCACAAGGAAAAUCUCUGGAUUUUUGCAUGAAUUUGAAGGAGCAGUGCAACAAUCCUAAUUUAUUCAGUGCCGAAAGGAAAGUUAAAGCUUUACAGAGAAAGGUAGAAAGGAGACAGAAAAGGCUAGAAGAACAACAGAAAAAAAGGAAAUCAAAAGAAAAGAUGGAUGUUUGUGAAUUUAUUAAUUUUACAUUGAGAGGUUCAAAGUCAAAAUCUGAUAAAGAGGAACAAAACGAACAACAGUUGAAAGAAAAACUGAAAAGUGGUACCGACAAAGAACUAAAUGUAGCUUGUUUCACAAUAGAAGAAAAUAUAAAAAAGGAACAAAUGGCUAUUGAUAGAUUAAGGAGGGUUUUGUCAGGUUUGUCAAAUACAAGUACUUCCCAGUCAGAGAAUAUGGGUGAAAAAUUGAGGGAAAAAGAAUUUGAUUUGAGGAAAAUGAAAAAUCAAGUAUUACUUGUUAAAAACGAAAUUAAUAGGAGAAAAAACAAUAAACAAAUGUCUAUAUUUUAACUCUUGAGCUUAUAAAUGUAUAUUUUAUUUUAAUUGAUUAAUGGUAUUAUUAUAUUAUGAUACAUCUCAAUAUUUCACUGGAAUCCUUAUAGGUAUAUAAUACAGUUAUUCGAAAAUAUGUUAAGACAAGAUGUAAUGUUAGGAAUAUUUAUUAUAAAAGUAAUAACCUUUUUGUAAUAUACACUGUUUAUAAGUUAAA